GCGCUCUAUUCAGUCUUUGGUUGGAAGUGUCAUGUACCUGUAAGUAGGCCGUACACAUGUACUCGUUAUUCAGCAAUAAUUAUGUCAGCAAUGGCAGGGGGGCGUAACCCAGUCUGUUUGAAAGACUUUGAAGAAAUUGCCAGAAUAAAUUUGCCAAAGAACGCCUUUGAUUACUACCAAAGUGGGGCGGAUGCAGAACAAACGCUGAGAGACAACGAGGCGGCUUUCAGAAAGUACAGAUUAAGGCCCAAACACUUGCGGGAUGUUUCCAACCGAGACUUGCGCACUAGUAUCCUCGGCCAGGAAAUUGCCUUCCCCAUAGCUGUAUCUCCAACAGCAAUGCAACGAAUGGCACACCCUGAAGGGGAGGUAGCAACUGCAAGAGCUGCUACAUCCCUGGGAACAGGUGUUAUCUUAAGCUCUUGGUCCACGUCAAGUAUUGAGGAAGUAGCUGCAGGUUGUUCACCCAUCGGUCCUCGCUGGUUCCAGCUUUAUGUCUACAAAGACCGAGAUGUCAUCAGAGACCUUGUUAGAAGGGCAGAGAGAGAGGGUUAUAAAGCCCUGUUUGUAACAGUCGAUACACCCAUACUGGGUCGGAGAAGAGCUGAUGUCAGGAACAAGUUUGCAUUACCACCACAUCUCAGGUUAGCCAACUUCGACUUGAGUCGUCUACAUUCCAGUGGGGUGCACAGCAGUGAGGAUUCUGGCUUGGCUGCUUAUGUUGCAUCAUUAAUAGAUCCAUCCCUCAACUGGGAACACAUUGAAUGGCUGAAAAGCAUCACUUCCCUGCCUAUCAUUCUUAAAGGAAUACUAACAGCUGAGGAUGCAAAACUUGCUGUUGAACACAAUGUUUCUGGUAUUCUGGUUUCCAAUCAUGGUGCAAGACAGCUUGAUGGUGUCCUAGCAACUAUAGAUGCAUUGAAUGAAGUGGUGCAAGCAGUGCGUGGGUCCAACGUGGAAGUCUACCUAGAUGGAGGAGUGAGGACUGGCACUGAUGUCCUGAAAGCUCUUGCACUAGGUGCAAGGGCUGUUUUUAUUGGUCGCCCUAGUCUUUGGGGACUGGCUUAUAAUGGUGAAGCAGGAGUCAGGGAGGUUCUUGAGCUCAUCAGAGAUGAAUUCAAGCUUGCUAUGGCCCUUUCAGGCUGUACCUGUAUAGCUGACAUCACACCGGAUCUCAUUCAGAAAGACAAAUUUCUCCUUAUGGCGAAAAUGUAAGGGUUUGCUUACAAAAAAGCCCAGUAUGAAGAAAACAGUAUGAAUUGUUUCACUCAUAUUUUAAAAUAAUUCAAAACCAACUCGAGCUAUAAUAACAUCAAGACUGUUUCACACAUAUUUUUUGUAAAUUUUUCUUUGUAAAUAAUUCUGAAAUCAAGAAUUUAAAUUCUAACCCCAACUGUUCUCAAUCCUCCAAUUUCAGUAUGAUUUUACAUACAGUCAGGGGUAGGGUUGAUAACAUCUCAUUUUUUUAAAAACAAAGUCUUUGUAUUAUUUUUAAAAUUUUGAUUAAGAUUUAUUAAAAGUAAAACAAAAUCAACAUAGGAAAUUCUAUUGACAAUAUAUUUAGUGAAUAUCCGAUAACCAUAAAAUUCAGCAUUGCUUUUUCCUUAUGUUGUUUUUUAGUGAAAUCUGAUUGAUAGUACUUCACUGUUUACAUGAAAGUCCUCAUUUUGUGUAAAUUAGGAUUGCUGAACUAGAUGAGGCAACACUGGCAGAUAACAAUGACACGUACUUGGAGGGGAAAGUUUGAAAAAGUGACUGCAUCAUAUCAGUCCUCCCAAGCCUAAAUGUAUAUGUAUAUGAAUGAACUGUAACAAAGUUAUUCCCUAGCCAGAAUUUAUCCCAUUUCUCAUAACCACAUCUGUGAGUAGACGUUUAAUUGACUGGACCUAAUCACUGGCUGGCUGCAUGGAAAGCAUCACAGUUUGUUUUUUUGGGUUUUUUGGUGGGGGGAUAACCCAAUUGGCCUCCCCCCCGGUACGCUUUUGAUUUACAAGUGAUUGCUUAUGGUGUAACAGGUAGUUGAGAUGAUAUUUCAAAAUCACUUUUGAAUUGUGGAUUAACAAAGGAUACAUGCAUGUAUGGGUGAAAUGUGUGUAAAGACCACUCUGAAUGAAUAAAGGUUGUACAUGACAGCCAUUUUCCCAGUCAUUGUGUUUGUUCAACAGGGAUACACAGGUAGACCUUUUGUGUAUAUCCACCAUGACAAAAAGAAUGACAGGGAAGGUGGCUGCCACAGGCAGCCUCAGUUGUACUGUAUGGUAUUGCGUUCACUUAUGUGCAUUGAAACAGUGUCGAAGAAAAGGCUGAAAUGAAUAUCUUAAUGGGUUAGUGAACAAAGAAAGACUAUAUAUUCAUACUCUUUUCGUGGAAAAAAUCAAUUAAAAAGAGCUGUGCUUUCAGCCCAUCUCACCGA